AUGAUGGAGCAGGGUAUGUCUAUAGUCGUGUUCAAUAUGCUGCCAACAUCAGUCCAGUCACGGCUCCCGGCUCUGCAGUCGCUACGUCGGCCCGCCGCCCUCGACCUAUUCUCCCCCCGGCGCCGAAAGGAGCUACCGCAAGACGACACCGUGCCGGGAGCUCUAACGAACAGCGACGAGGAGCCGGUCGUCGAAUUGCAGGCAUGCACAGCGGCGACCACAACGUCGACAACGACGAGCGUUACGAACCGCACAGUUGGCGGAGGGGACGGUGCGAAGCUUUCCGGUGGCCUCGAUGGCUACGUCCCUCGUCUAGGUAUGGGCAUUAACUGGCGGUAUGCUAUGCAAGGCUCCUACUUGCAACACUCCGCCUCCCAGGAACGAGAGGAUAUGGCGUUUGCGCGGAAGUCGUACAUCGAUAGCGUGGCGUACAUGCUCAAGGCCCUCCCCGGUGACAUGGACGACCACGAAGUUAGCAUUAUCCAGCGGGCGCUACCCAAGUCUUGCGCACCAGACACCCCGCAGAGCCAACAGGACGGGGCGGCCACGAUCCCCGUCCGGGCCGACCGAGCAAAAACGCUUCUACGUUUCGCUGUCCAGGGCUUCGUCGCGGGCUUCGUCGUCCUCUUCUACACCCUGAUGUCCCUCCUCGCCGCCGUCGUUCGCGCCGGGGCGCACUACGAGCGCCAGUAUAACAUCGCCGAGCACCUCGUCUCCCUCGGGGUCGUUCUCACCACUGCAGUCGGGAAACAGAGCGGUGCUUUGAGUGGGAAGAUCGGCGCCAUGAGCGAGGGCAAAGUAGGCAGAGUGGUGACCGAUAUCGCAGCGUGGACGGUAGAAGGCGUGGCCGGAGGAAUAGAGGAUGGCAUUGGACAGGGUUUGCAUUUGAUCAAGCAGUAGCAGAAACGAGACACGAUACCAUUGAUUAUUAUGUUAUUUAUUAAAUAGGCAUGGCGCGUGAAUAGAAGGCAAAGGGAGGGAGGGGGGGUUCCGUUAUUGUUAUCAAUGUUGGCUCCCGCAAGCACGUUUGAGAGAUCCUGAGGUCCGUUGAGCGAUUUUCGAGUACGGACGCACAGAAAUGCCCGCUGCUUGUGUAGCACCCUCGCGGGUCUUUCUAGUUGGCGGCCAUGGUGUUUCCCCGUCAACAUGCCUGUAGCGAUUUUGAAUCUAUCGGACAUAUCUUUAGAUUUGAGCAUUGCUGCCAUUCGCCUCGACUAGACUUUGAUCUAGGUAUGGCAAGCUCGUCGGAUGUGAAAACAGGACAUUGAAUAUACGGUCUUCGUCGAUUCGAAGCUAUGGCGCCC